AUGACAAUGAGCGUGGCAACCACCAUGACAAAAAUAAGAUACCUGAUAUACAGGAAGCAUGAUGUCACGGCAUCCCACAAACAGAAGGCGCUAGCUGUCCUCUACCUCACAAAUAUCACCUCUGCAGAACUGGUGGUGUUACUUCUUGCCACCCCUUGAUGAUGCCAGUAUUGUCCCGUCCGUCUGCAUGUACCAUCUGUUGCAGCCAUGAAGGGGGUUCCCAGCAAUUUGGACACCCUGCUGUGGGUCUACCACUUCCACAGCUCCACUGAGGUGGCCCUACAGCCUCCACUUCUCUCUUCCCUGGAACUUGCUGUGGCUGCGGCUCACGAAUAUCUGGUACAAAGGUUCAGAGAGCUUAAAUCCCAGGACCCCCUAGAAUCUGACAAGCUGCCUACGCAGACAGCCUCCUUAGGACUGGUGCUAAGAGAAGCUGCAGCCAGCCUCAUGAGCUUUGGAGCCACCUUGUUAGAGGUGAAGCUCUGGGAAGUUGAGAGAUGGGAAGAAAAGGGGGAGAGGACUAUGCCAGAAAAAGGAGGGACCUCUAUCCCAUGUGCCCCAAUGCAGAUCUCAGCCCUGUGGCUACAGCAGGAGGUGCAGCGACUGGAGAGAGGCAACGGCUGCCCAGACCCAGCCCUGGACACUGGGGAUCCUGGUAGGGCGCUGGCCCGUGUAGCCCUGGCAGCAGGGCAGGGGAUUCGGCAAGCUGGAGCAGCAGCUGGCGCAAGUGCCCGGUACCUGAUCCAGGGGGCGUGGUUGUACCUGUGUGGACGUGGUUUGCACGGGUCUACCUCAUCCCUGCAACAAACCCUUCGCCAACUGGGCCUUGGGGUCCCUGGGGAUCCGGUGCGUUUGGGAUAAAGGGUAUGAUGAGGGUCAGAGGAGGUAUGAUUAAGGAGAUACUGAGCUAUACUGUCCUCUCAACAGAGAUACUCGGGAAACCUCAAGGUGUCGUCCAGCAACAGUGAGGAGAAUGGGGGGACAGAUAAUCCAUCACUGUCCCAGGCCCACCCUGUGUCCAAAUAAAAGUCCAGAACGGGAUGAUACCAA